AUGUUGGUGGCUGGAACGAAUGGAGAUCUCCCAAUGACCAACGAACUCUAUUUUAACUCAAAAGUGCCUGGGAUUUACAUAAACAUUUUGGAUUUGACGGGAAUUCGUGUCAGAGCGUCACUGAAUGAGGAUUGUGUAGCGCCGUGGACGUCUGGAGCUGAAAGAAUGCGUUUGGACAACUUCUUCGGAGCACCAGGUGUUGGGAUUUCUUCAAAACCCAGCCCAACAACGAGACGAGUGAUUUUACAACGAUAUUCGAAACAUCCACGAGGAUUGCCGAUUUCAAAAAAGAUCUUGAGCGUUCCGGACGCUGAAAAGCCGCAUAUGUUUGCUGAAGGGACAAACGCUUUGGUGCUCUAUUUUGUUAAAUCUCCUUUCGAAGUACAAGCUAAAGGCAGCUACAAAAGGAUAUCAGCUGAUUCGAAGCAAGUUUUGAUAGAUCUUAUCGAGAAGAAUCCAAUGCUGAGCACGGAGAGAAUUCAUGAGUUGAUGACGAGAGAACUGGAUGGGCAAAGUGUUCCCGACUUGAAACGGAUCCAAUUCCAACAGAAGAAAUACUUGAAAACUAUAAUGAACCCUGGGAAUAGUAAAUAUCCGUGGAAACAAUUGUGCGAUUGUCCAUUUGGCACACACGGGAUCAACUACGAGGCGCCAUUAAAGAGCAAGACGACUCGCGGGAAACAGAAUAUCUAUCUCGAGCGAAUUGCUGAAUGCGUGAUGGACGUCAAUAGAGUGGGACUGAAAGAGCUGUGCAAUUGCCCGGAUGGAACACACGGACCAAAUUACGAGUUGCCACUCAAGAGCAAGCAUUUUGGAAGACGCAACUUGUACCUGAAUCGAAUGUUUCUGACGAGAGGCGAAAAGCGAAUUUGCAUCCGCUGUCCAAAUGUGAGCUAUUCGAGGAAUUCGGGGCGAUGCUAUGAGCACAUUUGGACUCAUUACCUCAUGAGGCACUGCGAUGUGCUCGAGGAAUUUCUGAAAGAGGAAAAGAAACGUUUGCAACAAGGAACACCGUCAACGGAGAUCCCGCAACGGAUUCAACCAAUCGAGGAAAGGGAUCAGCUGUUUCUGGCCAAUCACCAGUCAUCUUCCUUGCAAAUGGACAAUUUCGCAUCUCCGAUCAAUCCAGCUCCAAUUUCUCCAAUCGCUUUUACUAAUUAUCAUCAUAGUUCAAAAAUCAACGUCUUUGAGGAUGCUCCGGAUCAGGAAAACGAUGAACCCAGCUCGAGCUCGCUCUCACACUCGCCACUGAACGCGCUGCUCAUGCAAACGAGUUCGCUGACGAAUCGGAUGGUUCAAUCUCCUCAACCAGGCACGGAAUAUGAAAUUUUCGAGGAGAAAAUCCCUUCCUACUACAUGGAUUUAGCGAGAGGUGUCUCAGUGAAGCAAGCUUUGUCAACUCAUCGAAAAGUGCCGGAGACUGGUCAACUCUUCACUGGCGCUCAGAAACUCGUUCUUGACGGAAUCGUGAAAACGUUAAACGAGCUUCUCCUAAAGUCAGACAAUAAUGGAUUUAAUGGUGAAGAAACGCCAAUCAACGUCCUCCAAUUAUUCCCCGACAUCAAGCCGACCUCCGGAAACGGGUUU